UUGAUCCCUCGGUUACUUUUGAUUAUACCGCUAACGGCACGACGGAUGAUAAUGCAAAAUAUCACGAUUUCCGUUAUUCGACUAACGACUACCGACCCGAUUGGUAUUUUGAAGAGGUUUUGAUGAAAAUGAGGUCUAAUUUCCUGGUUGGUCAAAAAGGGAUUUCUCCACAAAAUGUCAAAGACCUGGCAAUCAUCAAUAAGAGACAGGUUGCAAUUCUACACGACAACGUUUACGAUCUUACUCCAUACAUCACCGGUGGUCGUGCUGCUGUUGGUCCUGGUGGGUCUCCGGUUUCUGGAGUUGACAAAGAUUUCAUGUUAAGUUAUGUUGUUGAUCUUUUUACGACCGAUAGUGGCCUUGACAUCAGCAAGAAGUUCGACGCUCUGCGUAUCGACUCGACGCUCCGAAGGAACCAAUUGACAUGUUUACGUAAUUUGUUCUAUAUCGGAAAGGUGGAUCAUCGUAAUUCUCCGCAGUGUCUGUUUUCAAGAUAUAUCUUGCUUGUAUUCUCCGGAAUAUUGGUUGCGGUCAUCUUGUUCAAGUUUUUGGCUGCCUUACAGUUGGGCGCUAGACGUGAACCGGAGGAACAUGACAAGUUUGUCAUAUGCCAAGUCCCGUGCUAUACUGAGGGCGAUGAAUCAAUGCGUAAAACGUUGGACUCUCUGGCCGUAUUGAAAUAUGAUGAUAAACGAAAACUUCUGUUCAUAGUUUGCGACGGGAUGGUCGUAGGUGCCGGAAACGAUCGUCCAACACCAAUUAUAGUUUUGGAUAUUCUUGGAGUAGAUCCAAACGUAGAUCCUGAACCGCUCAGCUUCAUCUCCCUCGGCGAUGGCGCCAAGCAACACAACAUGGGAAAAGUUUAUUCUGGUUUAUAUGAGUGCAACGGACAUGUUGUUCCUUAUAUUGUGGUGAUCAAAGUUGGAAAACAAAAUGAACGACGUCCUGGUAAUCGUGGGAAACGUGAUUCUCAAAUGUUGCUCAUGCGCUUCUUGAACAAAGUCCAUUUUGAUUCUGAGAUGGCACCUUUGGAGUUGGAAAUGUUUCAUCAAAUUAAAAAUGUAAUUGGGGUGAAUCCCUCUUUCUACGAAUAUAUUCUUAUGGUGGAUGCGGAUACUGAGGUCAUGCCCGAUUCUUUGAACCGACUUAUUUCUGCAUUUAUGCAUGACACGAAAGUCAUGGGUCUUUGCGGAGAGACAAAUUUAUCCAAUGAAAAAGAUUCUUGGGUUACCAUGAUUCAAGUCUACGAAUACUACAUAUCCCAUCACCUUGCGAAAGCCUUCGAAUCUCUCUUUGGCACUGUAACUUGUUUACCUGGUUGUUUUUGCAUGUACCGCGUGCGCACGCCAGACUCGCACAAACCUUUAUUAGUAAGCAAUCAAGUUAUCGAAGAUUACUCCGAGAACAUCGUGGACACCCUUCACAAAAAGAAUUUGCUUCAUCUCGGUGAAGAUCGUUACCUGACCACUCUCAUGAUGAAGCAUUUCCCGAAUUACAAGUUGAUGUUCGUCCCAGACGCUCAAUGUAAAACCACGGCUCCCGAUCAAUGGUCUGUGCUCAUCUCUCAGCGUCGUCGAUGGAUUAAUUCUACUGUUCACAACCUGAUGGAAUUGGUAUUCUUGCCACAACUUUGCGGUUUUUGCUGUUUCUCCAUGCGUUUCGUGGUCAUGAUCGAUUUAUUUGCCACGCUGAUCAUGCCGGCAACAGUUGGUUACCUUGGUUAUCUUAUUUAUUCGGUCAUCGUAAACCCUACGACGAUUCCCGUCACGUCCCUGCUGCUGUUGGCUGCUGUUUACGGUCUUCAGGCCGUCAUAUUCGUUCUUCGCCGAAAAUGGGAACACGUUUGUUGGAUGAUUGUUUACAUUGUUGCCAUGCCUGUUUUCUCUUUCUAUCUUCCCAUCUACGCAUUUUGGCAUUUUGACGAUUUCUCGUGGGGUAACACUCGUGUGGCGAAAGGCGAGAAAGGCAAGAAAGUGCUUGUUUCUGAUGAAGGCAAGUUUAAUCCAAAGGAAAUUCCAUUGAAGAAAUGGUCCGAUUACGAACAAGAACCGUGGGAAGUUAAUACACAAGUAUCUCAAGAAUCCUCUCACUCGAGAACUUCAGAUCGAUCGUAUAGGAGUAACCGUUCGGCCAAAAAAACGGGCUCUCGGGCCGGGUCCAUGUACGGAGAUUACGAUAAUAAAGGUCGACCUCGUUCUCCGGCUCCUCCAUUCGAUGAUGUGAAACGGCCUUAUAGUCCUGGCGAUGUGCGAGCAUCUCGUGCAUAUUCCAAUGCGCCUGGCGGCGAAUAUGAAUCAAGACCCGUUAGUCUAGCGGACGGUGGAUAUUAUGGAAGUGCGAUAAUUGAUUCCAGCUUUCCUUCCGAUGACGAAAUUCUCCGAGAGAUUAGAAACAUCUUGGCUAACGCCAAUCUCAUGUCGAUCACAAAGAAACAAGUUCGCGAUGAUCUGUCACACUACUUUGGCAUGGAUAUGAGUCCCAAGAAAGAAUACAUUAAUAAUUGUAUAGAAUUGAUUCUACAGGGGAAACU